GCCAAUCUUCUUCCUCCCUGAUGCCCCGGCGCCGUCUUCCCCGCCCCCGCGUCUCCUCGCCGGCGGCGACCACCACCCGCUCCCAACAUUCCCCUUCUCCCCCUUCAUCUCCGCCCACAUUCUCCUCUCCUCCUCGUUUCCGUCCCCCGCCGACCUCUCUCCUCCCGGCACCUAUGAUGUGAGGAAGGAGGCAAUUGCUCAUUGCAUGAGGGGGUGCGUUUGGGGGGCUGGUGAAGAAACGGGUGCCCCCUUCGUUGGAGCCAUUGACAUGUUGUGAGAAGCUAUCACCAUUGCUGAUGCAGAAGCUUGUGGCAUUUAAAGUCAUCGUGGAGCGAUAGCAGCUGAAUAUGUCAAGGAGCAUCUUCUCAGAAAUUUAAUCGAACAUCCAAAGUCCAUCACUGAUACCAAGGCUGCUAUUGCCGAAGCUUACAAACACACAGAUUCAGAAUUUUUGAAAGUUGAUAGGAAGUAAACCAGGUCCAGGUGCUGGCUCAACUGCCGUGACAGCUAUUUUUGUAGGUGGUCGUUUACUUGUUGCAAAUGUUGGAGAUUCUAGAGCUGUUAUUUGUAAAGGAGGACAGGCGAUUAUGUGUUCAAGGGAUCACAAACUCAGAUGAGAGACAUAUAAUUGAGGAUGCUGGGGGCUAUGUUAUGUGGGAUGAGGGGUGGCGUGUGGGUGGUGUUGUCCCGGUCUCUCGAGCAUUUGGUGAUAAACUCUUGAAGCAGUAUGUUGUCGCUGAUCCAGAAAUCAAGGAGGUGGUGGUUGACAGCUCCCUUGAAUUCAUCAUCCUUGCUAGUAAUGGACUCUGGCAGGUUGUCACUAACGAGGGAGCUGUUGCCAUAGCCAAGAGACAUAUUUGGGACCCCGAGGAAUCAGCAAAAGAGCUUCCCAAUGAAGCUUACAAAAGGGAAACUUCCGAUAACACCACGGUGGUGAUCGUCCGGUUCCUGCAUGAGAACUCCGAGUUGCCCUCGAUCUGAUCCUGUAGGAUCACGCAUGCCAUGCCAGCAUGUGUUCUUCGUCUGGCUGUUUUUACCUGACGCUCGAAACAGAUUGGCCCUGCGUCUGCUCUGACUCUGGCUCGCCCCAAACUGUCAUCCUGAUGUUACUCAUGCUCCUGCUGGCCUAAACUGGAGUGCUAGAGCAGAAUGACGAUAUGUCUUUGUUCGAGAAUAAGCAGCAGAGUUGCAUAUCAUUUGUACUAGGAAGAAUAGUUAACGAGAGUUUUACAACGCAGGUCUACCGGGCACACGCACACGGAUUCACUUGCAUGGGCUGAUUAUCAAAUAAAUUAAACAACCGGAUGAGGGGAAAACACUAUGCUUGGAAACUAUCUUCCCCUAGAGGUCGACUGUUGGGCCGCCGGCCAUCCUAUUCCGGCGAGAUGCUUCGCCCCAGCUUGAGUCCACGCCUGUCCCUCUUCGAUGAUCUCUGCAAUCAGCUGGUUUGUCGAGAGUGCAGAAUGACGAUAUGGCUGGUGUUGUCAUACAGUAUGAUCCAAAUCCAAAGUGAACCUUGUUCUUUGACGAAAUGUAGCUUUCCGUGCUGUUCAUUCACGAAAUCAUGCAAAUUAAAGAGGUUUUCUUGGCAGUAGGUGUGUUUGAAUCUGUGGAACGAUUUGAACCAAGCUGUACGCUGCGUACGAUUUGUAAAUCAUAAAGCUAUAUUCCGAUGCUGUGAGCAACCGGCCGUCGGAUUCAUUCAUGCCAUGCGUCUGCUGAGGCAUGGGCCGGCCCACGAAGGAAUUCGGCCCAUACACAUGCGCAGGACACUCAUCUAAACCUUCCUCCUGCUGGCAAUCUUCUUCCUCCCUGAUGCCGCCGCCGCCGCCGCCACCGUCUUCCCCUGCCCCGCGACUCCUCGCCGGCGGCGACCACCACCCUCCCCCAACCUCCCCCUCCUCGCCAGAGCACCCCUUCCUCUCCGCGCACCUCCUCCUCCCCUCCCCGUCUCCGUCCCCCGCCGACCUCUCCUCGCCGCACCUCCCCCACGCCCUCGCCUUCGCCAUUCUCACCCAAUCCUCCCCGCUCCCGCGGCAUCUCCUUGUCGCCCUCCACGCCGCCGGCGCCCGCUUUCCCGCCUUCUACUCGGCCUUCGCCUCCGCCCUCCUCUCCCUCCCCUUUCCGCACCUCCUCACCCACCCGCGCGCCCGCCUCCUCCUCGCCGCCUCGGAGCUCGCCCGCGCGGCGGCAGCGGGGUUCGUGCCCCUCCUCGGCUCCCUCCUCCGCCGCGUGCCGUUCCCCGGCGACGCUCGCUUGCUCGAGCUUUUCACCGAGCACGCCUCCUUCCUCGCCGACGAGGAGCCCCAGCUCCUAGCCUCCGCCGUCUUCGCCUUCCUCCGCCUCCUCGCCAGGAACCGCCUCGCUCCGGUCCUGAGCAGCGGUGAGUGCAAGGAUUGUGAAGAGUGCAAGAGCGCCAAGACCCUUGAAGAAUGCAGGGGAAGGCUGGUGUCUUUCUGCGUCUCCAUGCUGCGGGAUCACUUCCAAGUGUGUGCAUUGAUCGGAAGGGACCUUGUGAGGUCGCUCCAUGAGCUGGCGCUCGUGCUGGAGUUUCAGCCACUUUGGAGAGACCAUAUUCUGCACCGUGUUGGUGACGUCUGCCGGAUCAGCACACCUGGUUGGUGCAUGGCUAUGGCCAUCACGCCGGAGAUGGAGACACAGCUCUUGUUCAUGAUGAACAAUGUGAAGUGGGGGGAUCAGAAGAGGUACCAGCUCUGGUUUGCGAUGAAGCACCUGAUGGUGCCCGGAGGGGAGGAGAGGAUCCCUGACAUUGUGCGGUUCAUAUGCUGCGGGUACCACCCAACAAAUGAGGUAAUUCAGUCUGGUGUUAUUGCCCGUUGGGCGGUCAUAGGCUGGCUGCUGACAGGUUGCAGCAAAGGCUAUGUGGUGGCGAAUGCAAAGCUUGCACUGUUCUAUGACUGGUUGUUUUUUGAGGAGGGAAGGGGUAGUGUCAUGAAUAUCGAGCCUGCAAUGCUCUUGAUGGUGAACUCGGUGUCUCAGUAUACAGAUAUUACAAACAUGCUGCUUGAGUUCUUGUUUCUUCUAAUUGAGAACUAUGAUGUGAGGAGGAAGGAAGCAAUUGCUCAUUGCGUGAGGAGUGCGUUUGGGGUGCUGGUAAAGAAACGGGUGAUCCCGUCGUUGGAGCCAUUGACAUGUUGUGAGAAGUUAUCACCAUUGCUGAGGCAGAAGCUUGUGGUGUUUUUAAGUAGCUCUAAUCCUGGAGCAGCUGAAGAUUCCUGUGGGAAACCAACUGAUGUAGUUUCUAAGGAAACAGAGUUGAAGAAGAGUGUUUGCUCAAGCUAGACCUAUUAAUCAAUGGUUUUGUCAUGUCAGUCUUCUGUCUCAGGAACGAACACUGCACCAAUUCAGCAGUUGCUGAGCUUUAGCAACACACGUGAAGAGGAAUCUCAAUGUGCUCUGAGAGUCUGAGUUUCACAAUGAGAAGAAAGAAGUGAAUAAGGGAUGUGGAGUAGGAGUAUGCAGUCAUUCAUCAAUGGCUGGCACUAUAGCUGGCAUGUUGGUUCCUGAUUUACAUCUACAGAGACACAUCAAACUAAGUUUGACACUAUGUUUGACUAAAUCAGAAGCCAACCUCAUCCGCAUUUAACUGUUGGUAGUAUUCCCACCGUCUUUGGCAUGAAUUUGCUGACCGAUGCCAAAGUUAUACUUAUCAUGUACGUGAACAGAUUAUAUCACUGAUUUUAUGGUCAUUGGCAGGAUGAUUGGAUCAUUUCAAAGAUGCAAUUUUUGCUCCUUGUGACAUUAUUCACAUUAGUCCCAGACAUGAUCAAUUGGAGUACAGUAGGAAAAUGAUUCUUUGUACAGAAUUUACCAUCAUCUGUAAUAGACAGUAUAACAGAUGCUUCCAGUGAUGUGUCCAGAUCCAAGGUUUGCAUGUGUUAGAAAACACCAUGCACAGCAUCUUGGUGAUAGUGGAACUUUUUGUUUGUAUUAGUAUUAUAUCUCCCCCCUACAAAAUGACAAAAUGUUUGUAUACGCACUGGCCGUUUGCGUUUGUAUGCACGUAUUUCUCCAAAGUCUGAUAGUUACAGCAGUCCAUCCAAUUUAGUUUUAUGCAGUCUGAAAUCCUUUUCAUAUACAUUUAUGUGCUUGCAAACAUUCUGUAGCUGUCCAGCUUUUGUGAUUCAAUUGCAAGAUCCCUUUCAUUUUCA